AUGUCGACCGAAGAUAGCAAGCCUGAAGGCACUUAUGAGGCAGGCUGCCACUGUGACCCAACCCACGAGAAAGUGACAUGGCACAACGGUUCAGACAAACGUGUCGCUCGAUACAUGUUCAACACCAAAACUCGUGAUCAUAUGUUCUGCCCCAAGUGCGGUGCCAGCAUAGGCAUAGACUUUGAGAAGAAACGACCAGAGAAACCACUCUAUGGUAUCAGUGUGCGACAGUUUAACAACAUUGAUCUAGACACGCUCCGUUAUAAAAAGUUUGAUGGCAUGCACAAGAUGGAGCCGGCUGUCGAUUUAUCGGGCAAGGAGGCUUCUGCUUCUGCUUCUCUCUAG